GGAGGGAUAAUACCUAUAGAUAGCUACCCCCAAACUCAUUUAAGGUCUGUGGUGGGCAGUUUCACAGCUUUUCUGUUUUUAAGAUUUAUUCCACAGCUUUGCUUGUUGCAAGGAAAUUUGCAGUGAUCCUCUUGAGCUUUGCUUUUAAGCUGUGUUGAAUUUGUGGCAAGGAUGUCAGGCAUUUCAUACUUGACUUAAAAAAAAAAAAGAAAAGAGAGAGAGAAAACAUUGUGUGUGUGGAAGAAAUCUUGCUGGAAUGUCCUCAAAGGUUGUAGUAGGGACUGAAGUGACAAGAAAAGCAAGAGAGGGAUAAAAAUCUGUGGUGGAUUGUGAAAAGAUGUCCCAUUGCAUAAAGCUGGCUGUUGUAGAAACACUCUGGGAAUACACAUGUUCAUCUUGUCGUGGAUAUGACUGAGUACAAGCAAGUUGCUCUCUAUUGACAGUUCAAAAAGCGUAAGAUUAUGUUUCUCGUACUUACUGCUUUUUUGCCAGUAUUUUUCAAAAUUGAUUUUGUUAGCCUCUCAGCUUUACAGCACUGGAACUGUCCCAGGGGAUACCGAUUGGGGAAUGAAAACUCCACUUGUACAGAUAUUGAUGAAUGCCUUGAAGGUGGUUUAGGUACCUGUGGCCAAACUUGCAUCAAUGUUCCAGGGUCCUAUCUGUGCUCCUGUUUGCCUGGCUACACUCUGGAUAAUGACAAGUGGUCCUGUUAUGCUGAUGAUCCUGCACCAUUCCUAAUUUUUAGCCAUGGAAAUGCCAUCUUCAGAAUUGACAGAGAGGGGAUCAGUCACGAACGGCUAGUUGCCAAUGCUGGCAUAUCAGUGCUCAUAGAUUUUCAUUACAAAGAGGAGAAAAUGUAUUGGGUGGACUCGGAAAAAGGGCUUCUGCAACGAGUGUACCUGAAUGGCACAAAACAAGAGAGACUACGCUAUGUUGAAAAAGGUGUUGCAGGGUUUGCCAUCAACUGGAUAAAUCAAGAUAUUCUUUGGGCCAACCACCAGAAAGCAACUAUUGAAGCAACUGACUUGAAUGGAAACAAUUCCCGAGUCCUUUUAAAGGAUGUAGGUCAUCCCACAAGUAUUGCUGUUGACCCUGGGAAAAGGUUUAUAUUUUGGUCUUCAGAUGGUGCUCUUUCCAGCGUUCACAGAGCAGUCCUUGAUGGAACUGACAUGAGAAUUGUUUUGAGGACCACAGAAAAAAUAAAGACCAUCUCACUGGAUUUUAUUGACACAAGACUCUUUUGGAUCCAGUAUGACAGUAAAGAAGAUGUUUCACGCAUUGGAUCAUGUGACUAUAACGGUGGCUCUAUUCAUUUGCCCAAACAUUCUUCCCGACACCAUUUAUUGGGCAUAUCUCUGUUUGCUGAGCACUUCUACUAUCCAGACCCAAAAACUGACAGGAUCCAGAGAGCCAAUAAAUUUACAGGAAAGGUUAUAGUCACAGUCAGCCUGAAACCAUCAUUUAUACCACCUGCUGAAAUAAAAGUGGUGCAUCCAUUUAAACAGCCUGGAGCAAGAACAGAUGCUCGAGAUUUUGAACACAGAUCCUGCCAUUUGAACAAAGAAAACUGCAAGAGAAGAAUCUGCAGGGAUGACUCCAAGACCCAUCAGUGCAAGUGUUCGAAUGGAUUUGUUUUGAGUAGAAAUAGGCAAUACUGUGAAGAUGUCAAUGAAUGUGCUUUUUGGAACCAUGGCUGUACUCUGGGAUGUGUAAAUAUCCCUGGCUCCUAUUACUGUACAUGCCCACGAGGUUUUGUUCUGCUGCCUGAUAGAAAAACAUGUCAUGAACUCAUUUCCUGUGCAAAUAAUCACACUGAAUGCAGCCAUGGUUGUCUUGAAACAUCUAGAGGGCCUGUUUGCUUCUGUCCGGAGGGAUCGGUGCUCAGAGUAGAUGAGAAAACAUGCUCAGGUUGUACAUCUCUGGAUAAUGGUGAAUGUAGCCAGAUUUGUACCUCUUUAAGUCCAUCUUCCUGGGAGUGUGGUUGUUUUCCUGGAUAUAAGCUGCAGGCGGAUAAAAGACACUGCACUGCUAUAGGCCCCAGGCCAUUUUUGUUGUUUGCAAACGACCAGGACAUCCGUCGCAUCAGUUUUGAUGGAACAGAUUACACAAGUUUACUCGACUGGCAGAUGGGAAUGGUUUUAGCACUGGACUAUGACCCAGUUGAAAGUAAGAUUUAUUUUGCACACACAGCCUUGAAGUGGAUAGAACGAGCUGAUCUGGAUGGCUCAAAUCGUGAAAAAAUUAUUUGUGAAGCUAUAGAUAUACCUGAAGGUCUUGCUGUGGACUGGAUUAACCGUAAAUUAUAUUGGACAGACAGAGGGAAGUCGUACAUUGGGAGGAGUGAGCUGAACGGAAUGCACAGAGAAAUGAUAAUUAAGGAGGACAUCUUCCAGCCCCGAGGAAUUGCUGUUCACCCACUAGCUAAGAGAUUAUUCUGGACCGACUUGGGGGUCAACCCACGGAUCGAAAGUGCUUCCCUACAAGGCAUUGAUCGUCUGGUUAUAGCUAGCACUGACCUGGUUUGGCCCAGUGGAAUUACUGUUGACUGCUUAGCUGACAAGUUGUACUGGUGUGAUGCUAAACAGUCUGUUAUUGAAACUGCAAAUCUGGAUGGUUCUAAACGCCGAAUACUUACACAGAAUGAUGUAGGCCAUCCAUUUGGUGUAGCAGUAUUUGAAGAUCACGUUUGGUUCUCUGACUGGGCUAAGCCUUCAUUAACAAGGGUGGACAAGAAGACCGGCCAAAACAGGGUACGUCUCCGAGGCAGCAUGCUGAGACCCUCAUCAGUGAUUAUAGUUCAUCCUUUGGCGAAACCAGGGGCAGAUCCCUGCCUUCAUGAGAACGGAGGCUGUGAUCAGAUCUGUGAAGACAGAUUUGGAGUUGCCCAUUGCUCAUGUCACAAAGGCUUUAUGAAAACCCAAAAUGGAAAAACCUGUCACACUCUGAAUAUUCCUGAUACAUCAGCAGGGGGUAUCUCUGUACACAAGAAGGCAGCACCACAGAAUAAAACAACAACACUGGAAACCUUAUACCAAAGUCCACUGAAUAGUGGGACAUAUGGGGAUACUAACAAUGGGGAGGAGCUACAGACUCAACACUUGUUGAUGGCUGAAAUCAUGGUGUCUGAUCAAGAUGACUGUGCUGUGUUAGAAUGCAACGUCAACGCCCAGUGCGUUCUCCUGGAAGAUGGCGCUAUGUGUCAGUGUUUGAAAGGAUUUACCAGGGAGGGUAAAUCAUGCUAUGAUGUUGAUGAGUGUGCUCAAAACAUGGACCGCUGUAAUCAACACCUAUCGGACUGUAUCAAUACUGAAGGUGGCUAUGUCUGCAAGUGUCUGGAGGGCUACCGUGGAGAUGGGCUUCAUUGUUAUGAUAUCGAUGAAUGCAAGCUGGGGACACACACAUGUGGAGAAAACACUAUCUGCACCAAUACUGAAGGAAACUACACUUGCACUUGCAUUAACGGUCUAUCUGGAACUGGGGACAACUGUUCUGAAUCUGCCAUGCCUUCUACCACGAGCACCAGUGGUGACAACGUUUCCUCUGAACAAGAUGGUUUCAUGGGCUGCCCUCCUUUAUAUGAGUCCUACUGUCUUCAUGGUGGAGUCUGUAUUUAUGUUUCAAUUCUACAAGACUAUGCAUGCACCUGUGUGCCUGGUUACGUGGGGGAACGCUGUCAGUUCAGCGACUUGGAAUGGUGGGAACAGCAGCAUGUGGAGCAAAUAAAGAAGCGGAACAUCACAAUUACAGUUUGUAUAGUUGUGCUGACCCUGCUGCUCCUCCUGGGAUCUCUUGCUGCUUACUGUUACAGAAGUCAGAACUUUUAUAAGAAGGAUCCAUAUGCAGAAGCGAUAAGAAAUGCCAGCAGCAGCAGCAGUGCCGACAGUGAGAACGUGACACCUACUAGCAAUAAGUCUCGGUUCAUUGUUGUGAUGGCACGUAACAGUCAUGGGGAAGGCAGAACUGUCAAUCUAAUGGACCGUGAGAUGACCGAUCACAGUCACUCCUGCCCUUCGGAGUCCACAUAUGCACCGCCUCAGCCUGCAACAAACAACAAAGCAGCACAGAUGCUAGCAGAAGAGGAGAGAGAGCAGGGCUGCCGGCAACAUCUUCUCGAUGGUAGGAAGCCUCAGCUUGGUGAAGCAGAGAGGAGCCCUCACCAGCUUCAGUGGAGCGUCAGCCCAAUUACGAUGUUGGAAAGUGACCUUCACUCCCCAGCACCAUCCAGCCUGUUAAUGCAGCCUGAUUAAAGGGUCCAGGGUAGUAUGGAACUGAAACUUACAAACUGAAACAAUAUUUUUUCUUUAAACUGUACAUUAAAAAAAAACUCUUGUCAGUCUUUCCUUAUCAUCUCUGCUUAGAAGCAUUGCAGAGAUGAAUAUACCACAUCCUAUUACAUUUUUAAUAUCACUGUAAAGGUCCUACUAAUUUCAGUACUUUGCAGCUAAGAGGACACUGGAAGAGAACUCACCCCAGGUGGUGACCAUUAGAAACAAACAUCUUCUGAAUGAUUUUAUUGUUAUUUUUGGGUGUUUGCUUUCUUCGUAUACAUUUAGAAGUCAUGAAAACAAAGUAGGUAAUGGGUAACCAGGAUUACCAUGUGGAGAAACUGCAAUUCUGUAAACUAAGAUGAUGCAGUAGAAUCAGAUAAAAUAAUUUCUUCAUUAAAGUACUACUCAGGGACACUGUAGGCCGGAUGAUUCUCUCCGCUACACUAGUUUUAUACUAGGGUACCUCCUUUGAUUUUGGUGGAGUUACUCCUGAUGGAUACUUGUGUAAGUGAGAGCAAAUUGAGAUCCUAUACUUUUAAGAUUUAGCUGAACCAUAAGAAUUUUUGUGUAAAUGAGCAUCAAUUAUAUCCAGCAAGGGAGUUGUAGCUUGUGGAGAAAGCUACGUCAUUUAUAAAUCAUCCUGUCUAAAAUCUUCAAAGUCCCUUCAGGUGAUGCAAUGUUUUGUUCCUGGGCCAGAUUCUUCUCUGGUCUACCAGUAUAAAUGCACUGGAGUUAUUCUCACUUUAUAGUGAUGAGAUUGAGAAUGAAAUCUGGCUCAUUAUGGAUGGGUCUGGUAUAUGGAAAGAGUUGCAGCCAUCUGCCAUACCAGAUACAAACAUUUAAUAAAAAAAAUAGGAAAAAAUCCAGUUUGGAUUGAUUUACACAAAACCGGCUUGUUUGUGCUGCCACAUUAAAUCCAUGGGAUUGAAUGUAAACAUAUAAGAGGAUUUAUUUUUAUCGUUGACAUCCAAGCGGCUGCAAUUUACUUCUAAUUAAUUCUAAACUAAGGUUGUAAAACCUAACAGUUGUAAAGCUCUGUUUUAUAGAGAAUUGUCACUUAGUUGUUUAUGAUCUCAGAUUAUUUGAAUUCAGCUCAUUUGAAUAGCUGUGACUGUUUUUAAAGUGUUUGCAAAUCAGCUAUAUUACUUAUAGUAUGAGUAUUCCCAUGUGCAGCUCCACCCCUAUCAUGCAGACAUCUGUUUGCUCAUCAGAAUCAAACCUCCAAUGUUUUUGAGGGUUGUCCUGCUCUAAUUAUGGAUCCUCAUCUCUAAUACCCACUGAGUUGCCCAUCACUAUUAAUAGUGUUAUAAUUUCUGAAUCUAGAUAGCUGAAAAUGUUAUUCUUAUUCAUAUAUAUGUGCAAUCCAUUUUUUAGAAUUCUGCCAAAAAGGCAGACUAUAUUUCCCAUCCAUUUAUUAUGUCUCUAGGGUAGUGAUUGGAGAAGUAAGUACUCUAAGCAGUUUUAGGGCCGAAUCUCCUUUCGCUUAUACCAGUUUUAUACCUGGGUAAUGCCAUUGACUCCACUGGUCUAAGCAAUAGAAGAACUGAGCUUGUGCUAUCUGAAUUCACAAGUAUCCAAUCACCACAUCAGUUCUGAUUUCAAUGUGAAGUUAUGAAAUAUAUCUUUUAUAAAAGGUUCAUAAAUGUUAGAUUUGUUUCAUUUCUACUCUGAAAUAUUAAAAUGUGUUUGUAACUGCUAUUAACAUUAAUUGCAAUUACACACACCCACAUGAACAGAUGGACUCCUCUGUUUAGACUGAAGUGAUCUGAAGAGUGUUAGAACACUAAAUAAUAUACAAGAGGGGACAACCCUCGUGUUGAACCAUACAUGCUCAAUAUGUAGAUUGGACUGUAAGGUAAAUAGCUAAACUUUGAACAGAGUAGAGAUGGAUCAUAGUCUCCAAGUGUGGAUUUGCAUCUGAACCCAAACUUCCCAAGCCUUUGCAGGCGUAUUUGUUUAUGACACUGAUUUUGCUUGUCUCAGUAUAAGAACAGAGGGCAGACAGACAAAAAGGUCCUGAUUUAGCGAAGCACUUCACAUACUUGGGUUCCCCUGACCUCAAUGAGACUUAAGCAUGUGCUUGAAGUCAAGCAUGUACUUAAGUGCUUCCUUGAAUCAGGAUUGACAGUUGGUCCAAACCUAAAAUCUGAACAGUUUAAGACAGAGAAAGUUUAGAUCCAUCUCUAAAACAAAAGUGUUUCAAAGGCCUUAAAUAUUGUACAGUUUCAAAUCCAUGCUUCACAGUCUUUUUUGCCUUAGUUUUGUAUAAAGUAUCUCAUUUCUAAUUUGGUAGUUUUCACUGGAGAGUUUUGAAAGUCAAAAGUAUACAGUUUUUUACUGUGGGGGUACUGGCAACUAUGACAAUAACUUGUUUGUUUCCUCAACUCACAUAGAUCUAAACAGAAAAUGCUUUUUAGUGCUAAAACCACAAGGCAAAGAAGUAUAUAAAUAUAAUAUAUUUGGUUUAUUAGUAUGUUUAUAAAAUUUGUGAUUUAUAAAAUAAAUAAUUCCUAGCAUUUCCAUUGUUUUGAUAGAACAGAGUGCAAAAUGAUGGCUUAGAUUUAAUACAUGUCACAUUUACUGAUAAUCCAAACGGGUGCAGCAUAGCUGCAAAAACUAAUGUGUAUGUACAGCAUGCACAGAUAUGGUUCUUCUCUGACUGUUUAAGGGAUAAUCCUUGUUAGUGUAAAUCCUCCAUACCUCAAGAUUAGAUCCCAGCUUUAGCAGAGUAUCAAGUAAGUGUUCAAUGGGCAAUGUGGGAUUUUAGCUCUACAGCUCUCAUGAGCAGUGAGAAGCUGCAUGACUAAUUCCCCAUGUACUCUGCUGAAUAUUUACUCCUUUCUGUGCACACGUGAAUGUUUCUAAAAUGAUCUUUGCUAUUUAUAUGUGUAGAAACAUGACUGAUGGUCUUAGGCUACAUUUUCAAUGCAGUCCAAAGUGUUAGCCUAGGAUUUACAUUGAAGUUAAUGGGAGCUGGUGAAUGGGACGUAUAAAAUCCCACAUUGGCAGUAACAUGAUUAAGGAGAGCUGGAGAGCCCAAUUAGCCCAUUCUGUGGCACCUGGAGGGGAGACAGGGAAUUAAGGAUUAGACCCAGCUGGGGAGAACCAGACUGGAUGGUUCCUACAAAGGAAGACUGGAAGGCCAGUAGGGGAGAACUGAGAGUGGAGAACUGCAGUAGGUAGCUUAUACCCUGGGGCUGUCCCUGAAGGAGAGGGCAGCAGGAGCGAAGGAGUUCAAGGUUACUGCCAGAGAGGCUUCAGAGCUAUUUAAAUGUGGACCCUUCCUCUGCAGACUGGUGAGAAUCUCAAUCUCCAAAAGGAGAGGACCAGGGAGUGUGAGCUCCAGGAACAACCUGCAAGAAGGGCAUGGUAGGAAGUAGUCCAGUGGAAAAGCAAGGGGUUAGGAAAGAUUGAUGCCAAUGUCUUUAUAUGUGGUCCCUGGCCCAGAACCUAAAGGAAUGGGUGGGUCUGGGUGCCCCUGCUUACACCCAGCAAGGAGGUUUAUUGAGGCCUAGAACAAGCGAAGAUGAUACUGAUGCCAAGCAUUUGUGUUACCUUCAUUUAGGGUGAUUGACAUCCUGAUAUAUUGGGCUCCUUUCACCUUGAGAGGGGAAAAGGCUACCAGUGACUUAGUUAGAGGAUUGCAGCAAAUGGGCUAAAUGGCAAUUGGUCCACCAACGAAGGAGGGUAAACUGAGGCAGAGUUGUUGUCAUCUGGGUUUCCCACAAGGGUGCACUGAAGAUUGAACGCUCCCUCCAACACAGUCACAUGGCUAUAUCCUCUUUACUUACCUGAUCAGCCACUGAAUGUAUCAAAAUCCCAUUGAAGAUAAUGAGAAUUCUGUGAAUGGAGCAGAUGUAGAACUGAUCCCUAAAAAUAUACAGGUAAACUUGGAUUUUUAUGAGAUGAAAUUAAUAUGUAUCACACUAAGGUUUAGAAAGAAGAAUUUUAAAACAAAAACUGAAAAGUGAGACUAAGAUUAGUUACAGAGAGAUUUCUGCACGAAGACAGAAAUGUUUAGGAGUAUAAUCCUGCCUUUAUUGAAGUCAUUGGCAAAACUCCCAUUGAUAAAAGAGAGUGAAUUUUGAUUAUAGGCAAUGCAGGUAAUAACACUUAGAGGCAAGGUUGCCUGACACUUUCCAUUAUAAGAUCCUGUUUCUAGUUACUUAUAACUUUGCCAUACGUUACCGGUUCAGGCUCAAAUUUUCUAUACCAAGUGUCUGCCUCAGUUUGAUUUUUUUUUCUAAAAACUUCAGCAAAAGUGAUUUAGUGCCUUUUCAGAAUGAGAUUAGGGGGGGAAACACACUGUUUUGCCCAUGUUAAAAAUAUUCCACAAUUGUUUCUUAGAGAAGUUGCAUUGCUUUCAUCCUUUGGAACAGAGACUUGAAAUUUGAUGGUGUGGGGUCAGCUUGAUCUUAGGGAUGUACCUUUUGCUGCUCUGAAAACUUGCCCAUGUGUUGAGCCAAACUUGCAUAUUGUCAGUAGUGAAACUCAGUGGGGGUUGACAGCUAAAUUAUCUGAAGAUUCUAUCUGCUCUGAACAUGCUUCAGGCACUGAGCUGGGCUUUCUCUGCCAUUACUGAUUCUGGUAGUCAGGAGCCUGUCAAGUGAGAGGCACUGAGAGAAAAGAGACUGUGCAUCUCCUGUGCUCUCAGGGAGUGAGGAGCAGGAGUAGUAAUCAGCCUGACCCAAAUACUCAGGAACUGGGCUUGGGGAGAUGUCAAGGAGAGGAGGAAGGAGUGGAGGUACUGUUAUGUGGAGCUGGAGUAUAAGGAGACUGGGCUUGUGGGUUGCAGCUGUGGUGGGAAGGACUCAGAUGUGGAGCCAAGGAGGGUAGGUAGGGGUGGGGACCAGAGUUUGCUCUAUUUUUUCCCACAUGUGAGGAAUGAAUUUUACGUGUACCAAUACGGA